AUGGGCCUCCACAACACCAAAGACUCCAAAGUCAAACAAGGCAAUAUAUUAAUGUUAGGACUUGAUUCUGCAGGGAAAUCUACACUAUUGUACAAGCUGAAGUACAAUGAUGUUUUUCUAACAAUUCCAACAAUUGGCUUUAAUGUUGAUAUGAUUGAAACUGAGAAAGAUUUUGCAUUGACCUUUUGGGAUGUUGGAGGACAACACAAAAUGAGGCAGCUUUGGUGCAAUUUCUUGGAAAAUGCAGAUGGGCUUCUGUAUGUUGUGGAUAGCUCUGAUAAGCAACGUCUGGAAGAAUCAAAGAAAGAAUUUGAACUCAUUUUAAAGAAUGAAUUUAUAAAAAAUGUACCAGUAGUUCUGCUAGCAAACAAACAGGAUUUGCCUGGAGCUUUGAAUGCUGAGGAAGUAACGAGGAGAUUCAACAUGAAGAAGUACUGCAGUGACAGAAAUUGGUAUGUACAACCCUGUUGUGCCAUCACAGGAGAAGGUUUGUCAGGUGCUCUCGAAAGACUAACUGUAUUUGCAAAAAACCACAGGAGAUCAAAAGACACUUCUACAAUUUUUAAGCAAAAUGAAAAACUUUAA